AUGUCAAUGACGGCAAACAGCAACCGCUCUUCCAGAGCCUUUCUUCACCUUUUGGGCGUAUCUUCAUUUACCUUCAGCUUUUACCUUCUCACGACUUGGGACUCAAAUUACUCGCGCUCAUUUGGGUGGUACUUCCAGCUUUUGACCGUUGUCGGCCUCGCCCUGUCGCUAGUCACAUUCUCCCUUGGUCUUGUCGCAGAUGUAACACUCAGCAAUGGCUUCUCCGAGGCCAAAGAUACAGUCUCAGUACUUGCGACACCUCUUGAGGUUCUGAUAGCCGUUCUGUACUGGUCUAUCAGGAUGCAUGACCCAGCGCUACUCAUGCCUGAAGAUCUCGUUAUUGACCCUCUGCCCGAUCUUGGCUUUCACCUCGUUCCGGCUAUCUUGCUGGUUCUGGACCUACUGCUGUGGAGUCCACGAGCGACAAUCGCUACACGAAGCAUGAUGUCGCUCAGUACCGUUCUGGCUGUCGUUUACUGGUGCUGGAUUGAGCUGUGCUUCUACAAGAAUGGCUGGUAUCCUUAUCCGAUGAUGGAUCAAUUCUCAGCUACACAGCGUGUCGUUAUCCUUAUAGCAUCGGCUGGACUAUUGACCGCAUCGUCUUCGGGGCUUCAAUGGGUGCAUGGAAAGAUUCAUGACCCUACGGGGAAGAAACUUAGAGUGGAAUGA